AUGGAGGACCACGUGGAAGAUCAAAUGAUCAAAGUGAUAUUGUACCUGAACCACAUCAAGCAUUUAAGAAAAAAAAAUCGUUUUGCUUUUAAACAACCACCAGCAAAAUUAUUUGAUGAAACAGCUGUUGAAGCUGCAGGUGGACAAAUUAAAACAGAUUAUGAAUAUAAAACAUUUGAAGGCGGAAAAUUUGAUGAUAAAGGUUUUCUUAUUAAAAACUUUCCACUUCAUGCUGUUUCAGCAGAUGGUAUAACUCCAAGUAUAAGUGAAUUAGAUAAAUUUGAAGAAACAAUUGAUGGACCUGAAAGUAAUGUUUCAAUAAAUAAAAGAAAAACAUCAAAAAAUGAAUUAUUAUCAUUUGCGCCCGGUGAUCAUGUUGAAGUAUGUGAAGGUGAAUUAGUAAAUAUACAAGGUACAAUUGUUGGUAUUGAUGGAGAUUCAAUUCGAAUAUUACCAAAACAUAAAACUUUAAAAGAUGAAAUACCAUUUAAAGCACAUGAAUUACGAAAAUAUUUUUCAGUUGGAAAUCAUGUUAAAGUUUUAAAUGGAAGAUUUGAAGGUGAAACUGGUAUGAUUGUUGGUAUUGAUGGAACUAAAGAUGAAAUGCCUGUUCGAACAUCAGAUCUUCAAAUAACAAAAGAAACAGCAACAGGUGUUGAUUCAACUGGACAAUUUCAAUUAAGAGAUUUAGUUAAUAUAUCAGCCGAUAAAGUUGGUGUUGUUAUACGUAUUGAAAACGAACGUUUACAUGUAUUAAAUAUGGAUGAAAAAGUUCAAAUUGUUCCAAUACAAUCAGUUAUAAAACGAAAAAUAAAUCGUAAUGCAACAGCACUUGAUUCACAAAAUAAUAAUUUCAAUGUUGGCGAUAUAGUUAAUGUUAAUGAUGGACUAUUUGCAAAUCGUCAAGGUGCUUGA